UGACAGUAGUACAUGUAAUACCUGUCCUUGGCACGGGGUAUAUCCUCGAUAUCUGAUAGGCUUCAUCGAGUUAGACCAUUCAACGUCACUCCCAUCUGGAAACAAACAAAAAGGAUCCUCCUACCAAGUAGUACCAACAUGGAGCCUUGCAAACUUGCAGGUAUUGUAAGAUGGCUUAUACAGAUAAGGAAGGUAAAUAAGCCUGUCAUACAUACAGACUGAUACAGUAGUAUACAUGUGCAGAUCACUGCACGUGUGAUCUAUUUAUCUAUCUAAAGCUCAAUUUUAGAUUAAUAUUCUUAAUAUUCUUAUUCUUCAAUGUUCUUUGCCUCUUGUUCACUGGCUUGCUGACUUCUUGAUAUUAUGAACAUAUACAUGCCACCUAUUUAAUAUGUUUACAAUAUAACCUAGAGUAUCUAUCUAUAGUUUCUCCCAUCUACUUGGCUGUCAGCUUAAGUAUACGCCGUAGGAAGCUGGAAGAAAAUGUUUUGGAACAAGAAGAAAGAGGAGGAGGAGGAGGAGACCGUCUCAGAGACGCCCGUGGAUAUAGCACCACCCAUUGACCAGAAGCCCUUCUUGCAAGCAAUCUGGCCUGUCAUCGCUUGUGGCGCUGGUCUUUUCUCGGACGGCUAUGUCAACAACGUCAUCGGCUCAGUGAACACGGCCCUUACUGCUGAGUACGGAGACGUUUACACUUCUUCAACCGCUGCUAGUGUGGUGCCAGCCAUUGCAUUCGCAGGCACGGUAGUCGGCCAACUAGUCUUUGGAUACCUGUCCGACAAGUGGUCACGCAGGGAUUCUCUCCUCAUAUCGACCAUCAUCUUGAUCGUCUUCACCGCCCUUGCUGCUGGUUCUUACUACCAUGGAGAUCCCGUAGGCAUGUUCAACAUUUUGACCGCCUGGCGGUUCGCGGUCGGCAUCGGCAUCGGAGGCGAGUACCCGGCCGGAAGUGUGAGUUGCGCCGAAUCUAGCGGCGAGUUGAAGGGCGGCACCCGGAACACCUGGUUCAUCUUAUUCACGAAUUCCAUGAUCGACUGGGGAUUCGUCUUUGGUGCCUUUGUUCCCUAUGUCGUCGCCGCCGCUGCCCACAACAUGUAUUACAGCACCAUUUGGCGAACGAGUCUUGGCAUCGGUGCCGUGUUCCCCCUUGUUCUCUUCUUCCUGCGCCUGAAGCUCAAGGAACCUGAGGAGUUCUCUCGAAACUCGAUGAAGCAUGCCAAGACCCCCUAUCUCUUGGCCUUGAGAUAUUAUGGAUUCCGGCUGCUGAUCGUCAGUUUGAUCUGGUUCAUCUACGAUUUCUCGGCCUAUUCGUUCGGCAUCUAUUCAAGCGCCAUCCUCUCCAACGUCUAUGGCAAUGCAGCCCCCCUAACGACGAUCUUCGGAUGGAACACGGUUAUCAAUCUGUUUUAUAUCCCAGGAACUAUGCUCGGAGCUCCAAUAAGUGACCGCAUUGGCCCUCGCUAUACGCUCAUUCUGGGGCAGGUUCUGCAAGCCGUCGUGGGAUUCAUCAUGGCUGGAUGUUACGCGAGUCUAUCUCAUCCCUCUGUCGUCGGUGGCUUUGCUGUCGUGUACGGUAUAUUCCUGUCCCUCGGCGAGCUGGGACCCGGAAACAACAUCGGCUUACUAGCCGCCAAGACCUGCGCGACGGGCGUUCGCGGGCAAUACUACGGCAUCGCCGCGGCCUUUGGCAAGAUAGGUGCCUUCGUCGGCACCUACGUCUUCAAGUACAUCAACUCACCCGACGGCGACUCCAUCAAGUCGGCCCAGUACAAGUUCUACGUCAGCUCCAGCCUGUGCGUCUUCGCCGCCGCCCUGGCCCUGCUGCUCCCGCACAUCGGCCAAGACACCAUCACCAAGGAGGACGCCGACUUCCGAGUCUACCUCGAGAGCAAGGGCUGGGACACAAGGCAGCUGGGGCUCAAGAGGGGCGAGAGCAUCGAAUCUCUGCCGGGGGCGGGGGAGUCCGACAACGCUGUGGCCGAGGAGACCAAGGUCUGAGAAGAAGAAGAAGAAGAAGAAGAAGAAGAA